GUUGCCGAAUCGAUACAUACAUUACAAUAUUAUACAGAUACAUAAGCCGUAUGUACAUACAUUAUGUAUUAUGUGCUGAGUUAGUGAAUCUAAAGUCACGCUUAUUAGCCACUCUUCCACUUUUAUUCUAGUUGCUGUAUUCAUGUUCACGUUAAACCUGCGAAUGGAAUGGAUACAACACGACGAGAAAUAGCCAUUGCUUAGUGGCCGAACGGCGUGCACGAUGAAAAGUGCAGCUUGUGUUGUCCAAGCGGUCCUCGUCCUGUUGCUUUUCGCUGCUUUACUCAAACUCACUCUAGACUUUUGGCGCUCGGAGCCUGCAGAAUUUACAGCAGCGCCCCCUAAAAAUCUCCGGAGCUAUCAAAUCAUUCACAAUCCUGUACCGCACACUGCAUCGCCCAAACCGCCGGAUUCUGGACCACCUUCGACCGUUUCCCUUCCCCGUGACCACUACCUGUACGACAAUCCCAUCCCGGACAUUGUGAGCAAUAUUGUUAUUCCGGAAGGAAAUGGCCAUUUGCCCGUGCAUCUCGUGCGCUUCUAUACAGAUCCACCCAGCGGGGAUCGCGGCAGCUUCUGCUGGACGGAGUGUGUUAGCAUCUUAUCCGCGCUGCUGUAUAUUCGUCCUACUAAGAUUUACAUACACACCAACCAUGCCGACUACUGGCCAUUUGGCCGCUGUACGAUGUUCAGCAAUUAUUCCAUGAUACAGCUGGUGCAGGUGCGGAGGCGGUUCUACCUCGGCGCGGCUAUCGUUUCCUCCAUUGCCCACGAAGCGGAUAUUAUCAAGUACAGUACAGCGUACCAGUACGGUGGGAUCGUUAUGGACCAGGACGUUUUCUUUCUUCCAAAAAUUAUAGGAUUAAUAAAAGAAUGGCAAGAAGGCAAAUACCAAUGUUUAUUGACUAGAGAAGAAGACAAGAUGAAUGCCGGCUUCAUCGCGUGCCAUCCUGGACAAUCCUAUAUCAAAGAUAUCCUCCAAGUAUACUCCACUAGCUACACGCCUUCAUCAUGGCUGUACAACAGCGGCUACAUCCCGUUUGUAAUUUACAAAAACAACACGGAAUACCAGAAGAACUUUUACGUGGACUACGUGAUGAGUAACCAUUUAAUGGAAUACAACGGACCCGUUCAUUACAAGGACAUACCGGCAUGGCAUUCCUUCAACGACUGGUGUGAGAAGAAUGAGGAGAACAGCCGCAGUCUGGCCGUCAAUUCCUCGUACUGGGAAAUGGUUCAUUUUAUUUUAAAGGAAGAGCAAAACAGGAAGUAUUUUCUGUCAACGACAACCGCCACCGCCCCGUCAGCAACGCCGACAGCAGUCAAAAGUUCGGAAAGCUAGAAAAGGUCGGCUACCAUGAACUGGAAUCGCUGCGCUAACUUGCGAAACAAGCGCCAGGUGUCAGACCUCAUGACCUUUUGGCCUGGGUGCCACAGAAUGUGUCAUCAUGUUACAUGGGGUUUUUUCUGCGAUAAAAAAACCACUGACUCUGCUUUUGGGGUUGAAUUCGCCUUUCUGUAGAAACCACCCUCGUUUUAGCUGUUGAUUAUAGUUUGCAGAUUAAUGUCAAUAACAUUGUCUGUUGCUGUGUUUUAAAGCACGCUUUGUUACUUUGUACUGU